AAUCAACCGUCAAUUUUAACGCAGAGCAACAACCACAAGUCCAAUUUUCCUUCAGUUGAAAUACAGAGGCAUUGGCAAUUGAUCUUUAGCUUGUUGCCACUAUCACUACCCACAUCUUCAUUUUCUUUGCCGGAAUUCAGGGAGAAAGAGGAUGGCCACCGUCACAACUCAAGCUUCUGCUGCCGUAUUCCGUCCAUGUGCAUCAAGAUCGAGGUUUCUCACUGGGUCUCCUGGUAAACUCAACAAAGAAGUGUCCUUUAAACCAAUGCCAUCUUCUUCUGCUGCUUCUUUCAAAGUUGAGGCCAAGAAAGGCGAGUGGUUGCCCGGUUUGCCCUCUCCAGCCUACCUCAACGGCAGUCUUCCGGGCGAUAAUGGCUUUGACCCCCUUGGACUCGCUGAGGACCCUGAGAACCUGAAAUGGUACAUCCAGGCUGAGCUCGUGAAUGGGCGUUGGGCUAUGUUGGGUGUUGUAGGGAUGCUAUUGCCAGAGGUUUUCACCAAGAUUGGAAUAAUCAAUGUUCCUCAAUGGUAUGAUGCUGGCAAAGCAGAGUACUUUGCAUCGUCAUCGACCCUCUUCGUAAUUGAAUUCAUAUUGUUCCAUUAUGUGGAGAUCAGAAGGUGGCAAGAUAUCAAGAACCCAGGAAGUGUCAACCAAGACCCAAUCUUCAAGCAAUACAGUUUGCCUCCAAAUGAAGUUGGUUACCCUGGCGGAAUUUUUAAUCCCCUCAACUUUGCACCCACUGUUGACGCCAAGGAGAAGGAGCUUGCAAAUGGGAGAUUGGCGAUGUUGGCGUUCUUAGGAUUUGUGGUUCAACACAAUGUCACUGGAAAAGGACCAUUUGAGAACCUGUUGCAGCACCUCUCAGACCCAUGGCACAACACAAUUGUCCAGACACUCAGGGGUUACUAAAAUUCAUUAAAGAAGAAACGGGGUCCUGUUUCUUGCUUUUGUAACCAUCAAUAGAUGGUUUCUGAGUGAGGCUUGAGCAUCAAUGUAAAACAAGGAACCUUCAGUGUACAGAGGAACUAAGGUGCCAUUUUAUUAUCAUUUUAUAUCA